CAAAACCAUUGGCGUCUCCUCGCCAUGGCCUCUUGGCGACCAAAUUAAACCCACCUUUAAUUGCUCCUCAUACUCACCGUCGCAUGCACACAUCACGCAGCAGCUAGCCAAAACGAAUUAAGCCAACAACAAGGCAUAUGGACUCCCUCUUUAUCACCGCCGGCGAGCUGCAGGACGCGCCCGGAACGGCAUUCUCCGGCUACCAGGACACCGCGGGAAGCAGCGGCGAGUACCCGGCGGACCCGUACGCCCCGGCGGAGUCGUUCCUUCUCCGGAUCGGGGAGGACGUCGAGUGGAGCGACGUCGUCGGGGCCGUGCUGGAGCGGGACGAGUCCACCAGGGGCGCUUCCAACCCCAAAUCGGCGGCGGCGGCCACGCGCAAGAUAAGCGCCGCUGCGAGAGCGCCGAAGGCGGUCGCCAGCGUCGUCAUCGGUGGCCUGCCCAACAAGGCCGCGCACGAGCACGGGCGGCGCCGCGCGUGCACGUUGAUCGGCCGAGAGAAGGUGUCCGCCGCUAGGGUGGACGUGGUGGAGGAGGAGGAGCCGGCGUCGCCCAAGGUGUCCUGCCUCGGGGGCGUCCGGCCGCGGAGGGGGUUGGAGCCCGUGGACGCCGAGGCGGGUAGGCGCGGGUGGCGGGCGUGCUUCUUGGCGGCCGUGGUGCGUUGCUGCUAGAAUCCGUCCGUGUAGAUGGAGCAGAGGGCGCCACCAGACGGCUGCGGUGGAGGACUGGAGGUGCAGAGCAUGCGCGCGCCCGCGGGUGGCAUUGGGAGUUUGGGACACGGUGGUGGGCGGCAAAAGUGUAGUGCUGGCUGCGGGGCAACCGAUAGCAAUUCGCACCUACUGAACAUGAAGGACUAGUUGAAUACAUCUGGCCGGCUAGUUAGGAAUCUUUUAGCCACUUGUGAGUGUUUUUGUUUUUGCAGUCCUUAAUUUCUGUUUUUAGAUGAUCCUUAAUUUAUGGUCUGAGAGUUGAUUUGUUUGGCUGGAGCCCAAAUGUACUACUAUCUCCGUCCAGAAAUAAGUGACGUGGAUUUCUAUAAUAAUCUAUAUAAAUCAAUGCCACUUAUUUUGGUAUGGAGGGAGUUUUUUUUAUUUUGGAUUGUUUAUCUGUCAUGCUCCUGACGUGACGUGCAGUGUUUUCGGAGUGCACGCAUGCACGUAUCCUUUUCACUUGCAUGUAUGCAAAAAAAAAUCUAGGAUUUCAUA